AAAAAUCCGUCGACUCUAGUUUCACUAUAACUUUUUUUCUAUUUAACUGUAAUUUGUAAAUAAGUGUUCCAGAUUUGUCUUAAUUAUGAGAUAUGAGAGAAAGAAUGGAUUGUUAAUAAGAAAUCAGCAGGUUAAGGGUUAAUUAUAGUUAGCUCCAAUAAUAUGUCAUGCGAAAAUAAACUGAUCUUAAAAUAGCAUGCAUUCGAGCCUCUCUCUAUACAUCAGUAAGACGAAAGAGAGAAAGAAGAAUGUAAUAUUAUAAAGUUAGUAGGGAAAGUGCAACGUCUUCUCGACGUCUCCUGUACGAGGCUAAUCGGUGAAAAAGUAAAAUUCCAAAAAGUUUAAUAAGAUGAGAAUCAAGAACCAAGGGUGUACGCAAGUACCUGUGAGUAAAGGUACCACUAUUUUGUAUGAGAAACCAUUUGCCUAUGUUGUAAGAUCGGUGGUGCGCGAAGAAAGAUGCGACUAUUGCCUACAAAGUGGAAAAUUGUCAAAAUGCUCGGGUUGUCAGUAUGUGUAUUAUUGCGAUCGUAAGUGCCAAAAAGAAUCAUGGCCAAUACACAAAGCAGAAUGUCCACGUUUGAAGAAGAUUUUCCCGAGAGAAAUGCCAGAUGCAGCUCGGCUUAUGGCACGUAUAAUUCUUAAGCUCAAUCAAGGUGGAGCCAAUGAAAUGGGCUAUUAUAGUGAAAAAAACUUUAGGAAAUUCAAGGAUCUGAUGUCUCAUUAUUCAGACAUAAAAACAGACACGAAGCGUCUAGAGCAUUUCACUAUGUUGUGUGGAGUUUUAUUCCAGUUUCUUGAUGAGACAUUAAUACCCAAUGUGGCAGAGCUGAUGGGUAUUUAUGGCAGAUUGUGUACAAACUGCUUUAAUAUAUUGGAUCUCGAUAUGAAUACUAUUGGAGCUGGUAUAUAUCUGGGAGCAUCUGUGAUGGAUCACAGUUGCAAACCCAAUGCAGUUGUCACUUUCGAAGGGACUACCCUUAUUGUCAGAACGUUGACAGAUCUUCCUUUUUUAGACUGGUCACAGAUAAGAAUAUCAUACAUCGAUUUACUAAAUUCAAACAAAGCCAGACGUGAAGAACUGCACAGUUCAUAUUACUUUUGGUGUGAUUGUGAAAGAUGUAAAGGAGAGGAACUAAUGGCCGAAGCGGCCGCAUGUCCAAACUUAUCGUGCGAUUCUCCGUGUUCGAUUGAAGCUGAUAAAUGUGAAAAGUGCAAUGCAAAAAUAUCUAUAGAAUUUAAGGAAACAUUUCAGGAAGUUGUCACCUUUACCACUCAUCACUUGGAAAAAAUGAAAACUAUGGCUUAUCUUGAUGUUAGUAAGGUAUGUUUAAAAAAGCAGAAAGGUGUAUUGCACAAAUUCAAUAUACAACAUAUUCGUACGUUGGAAUUGGCUCAUACCGCGGCUGUGAAUCUGGAAUCUUGGCAAGAUGCUGAGCUUUAUGGCAUGGAACUUUUGCCAGGAUAUUUAUUGUACUUAGGGGAAGUGCAUCCUUUGACAGGAUGGCUGUAUCUCAUGAUAGGAAAGGUACAGUUCUAUUUGGAAAAAUCAAAAGAAGCACUCAAAGCACUAAACAAAGCUAAUAUGAUAUUAAUGAUAACACAUGGUGAUAAGCACUCUUUGGUGCGAGAGGAAUUACAACCUUUGCUCUGCCAGGCUACUAUGGAGUCUAAUAGUGAUAACAAUAUGUAACGAUGUUAGAUUAUAAUUUUUUUGUAAUUUUUAGUAAUAAACUAUUUUUGAAAUACAAACUCUAUACGGUUCAACGU